GUCAGAAGGCGCGCCUGACCGAAGUUUGUCCGGAUUCUGCGGGCGUGAGUCCUGCCCUUUGGAGCUCAUGGUGCGCUGCGGUUGCGCGUUGUUGAGAAAGUAUGGAAAUUUUGUUGAUAACCUAAGAAUCUUCACCAAGGGAGGAAGCGGUGGAAUGGGCUACCCUCGUUUAGGUGGAGAAGGUGGAAAAGGUGGUGAUGUCUGGGUUGUGGCCCAUAAAAAUAUGACCUUAAAACAACUUAAAAACAAAUAUCCUCAGAAACGGUUUGUGGCUGGAGGAGGAGCAAACAGUCGAGUGAGCGCGCUGAAGGGCUCCAAGGGAAAGGACUGUGAGGUGCCUGCUCCUGUGGGUAUCUCAGUGACUGAUGAAAACGGCAAAGUGCUAGGGGAGCUCAAUAAGGAAGAAGACAGAAUUCUGGUUGCUAAAGGUGGCCUUGGUGGUAAAUUACAUACAAAUUUCUUACCUUUGAAAGGCCAGAAGCGAAUAAUUCACCUUGACCUGAAAGUUAUAGCUGAUGUAGGCCUAGUAGGAUUCCCAAAUGCUGGAAAAUCCUCCUUACUAAGUCGGGUUUCCCAUGCAACACCUGUGAUUGCAGAUUAUGCAUUUACAACACUAAGGCCUGAACUUGGAAAGAUUAUGUACAAUGAUUUCAAACAGAUUUCAGUAGCUGAUCUCCCAGGUUUGAUAGAAGGGGCACAUAUGAACAAAGGCAUGGGCCACAAGUUCCUCAAGCAUUUAGAGAGAACCAGACAACUGCUUUUUGUUGUUGAUGUAUCUGGAUUUCAGCUUUCUUCUGUAACUCCAUAUAGAACUGCCUUUGAAACUAUAAUUCUUCUUACAAAAGAGUUGGAGUUAUACAAAGAAGAACUGCAGACAAAACCAGCACUCUUGGCAGUUAAUAAGAUGGACCUGCCGGAUGCCCAGGUUAAACUUCAUGAACUGAUGAAGCAGCUCCAGAGCCCUAAAGAUUUUCUGCAUUUGUUUGAAGCAAAGAUGAUUCCAGAGAAGGCUGUAGAAUUCCAGCAUAUCAUUCCCAUCUCAACAGUCACUGGUGAAGGGAUUGAAGAGUUGAAGAACUGUAUAAGAAAAGCACUGGAUGAACAGGAUGACAAAGAAAACGAUGCAUAUCAUAGCAAACAGUUGCUUCAUCUGCGGAGUUCCAGUUCAGUGUCUUAGACUGAGCCACCUCAAACUGUGCUGCUACUAUUUCCAGAAAGGGCAGCAUUUAAACCUAGUGUGGCAUAUUGACAGAGUACUAUUUGGUUCUAAGGAAUCAGAAAAUCGUGUUUAAAACACGGAUGAGCCUGUAGUGCAUUAUGAUCAAAGAAGCAAGGCAGGCACAGCAAGACAGAUAUCAGUGGUCUCACACAUGGAAUCCUAAAAAGACAAAUGGAGCUGACAGAAAUACUGAAAAUGGUAACUAUUCCUGGUACAAGUAGGAGCUAGAAGAUGAAGAGAGUUGGUCAAAGGAUACAAAGUUUCAGUUAAGCUUUACAGACGACCUGGUGUGUACCUUGUUUAUAGAACAAUGAAUCAUACUUUGAAAUUUUGUAAGAAAGUAGGUUUUAAGUGUUCUAACUAUUAAAAAAUUUUGAGAAAAAUAUCUUUUAAAGUAGAUUGACUCUGUAUUUCUAAACAUGCUGUGUAUAAUAACGAUGCAUGUAUAAUUUUGUAUCAAUUAAAAAUAGCAUUGAGAUUACAUUAAUUUAAAAGCUUGUCCACAUUUUAAAGAUAGUAUUUAUUGGUAGGUUUCCUGAUAUAUGUGUCAUCAUUUGUUGAGGCCCAUACUGCCCGGCUUGGUGGCCACUGUGUUGCAGACCAUUUUGCCCCAUGCUUUGGGGCCAAAAUGUUGCAGCCUGCGCUGUUGCUCUGGUCUGUGGGUCAGGGUCUAGCAAGAGACUCGAAGAAUGAAGACAAGAUAGGAUGUGUGAUCAAGUCCAUUUUCUCUCUCUUAUUGUCUCUCCUUCAUUGAAGGGAAGACUGGGGUAUUUAUACACUUUGUCACGUGCCUUGCAGGUGUGGAUAUGACGUAAGCCUUACAGACAUGUAUAGUGUGGAUAACACAUGCACCGUGUGCCUUGCAGGCGUGGAUACAAUGUGCGCCUUGCAGCUGGGGGCACUGAACAGCAAAACAAGAUAUGUGGGAUAAACAAGAUAUUUAUCAGAGUGUGCUUCAGCUGUUGUAAGCUGUUGAAAACAAAGUCUCAUGUCAGGGUAUAUGGCUCAAGAUGGCUGCAAAGCUGAUAGCCGCUACAAGUCAGCUCCCAACAAUCAUUCAGGAAGAUAAAUUUUUAUUCUCCUUCUGGUUUUAGCUCAGCAAGGCGAUUACCUUUUUGCAUAAAGUGUACAGAAGACCCAGGCUAGCAAAGCACACUGAGACCAGCAGGGCUCCUGUAUUUUAUUCCUGAUGUGGGUGGUGACUGGGUCCUAUCCCAUUGGUGGGAGCUUCAGGACCUCACAGUCUGACUAAUAGCUAAUUGGGUCAAAGGGUCCUCACUGGUUAACUUUGAUUUUCAAGUUUCUUACAACUACCCCCUCUUUAUUACAUUAUUUUUCAAAUUUAGGCAGUUUAUGUUAGCCACUUGAAGUUUCUAGGAAAAGUACAUUAUAUAAUGAGUGCGGAAGCCUACCUUCCAAGGAGAUAGAUUUUAUUAAUUCCUGAUUGAAGUAUUUAAAGAAUACUUACAAAUAGAGAUUUUUUUUCCCUUUAGGUAAAAUUUAUUAUGUGAAAUGUACAUGUUCUCUUUUAAAAAAAUAAAUUCAAGCAGUACACAGGAGUAUGAGGCAAAAGACAUUUCUGUUUGCUGAGACCUUCAGUCUGGUUGAGCUUGUGUUUUUAUGGAAAAUUUUACAUUUUUUUCCACAAAUGAGUAAUGAGUUCACUGUAAUAUUCUCUGUCUCUCUCUCUCUCUCUCUCUCUCUCUCUCUCUCUCUCUCUCUCUCUCUCACACACACACACACACACACACAAAGUAGCAGCAAGUUAAUGAGCUUUAAAAACCUCCUUAGCCAAGCCUGGUGGUGUGGGCCUCUCUAUUCACAUUGUUUGGGAAGGAGAAGUAGGGGAUUUUGAGUAAAAAGUCCCUCCUGGGUGACAUAGCAGGUUCUAGGUUGCUCUGCACUUUAUAAUGGAACCAGGUUUCAAAAAUAUUGUUUUUUAAUAGUAUGUUUAUUUUAUUAUUGUAUGUGGUUUGCUAUUUUGUCUUCAAGUAAGUACAUGUACCAUGUGAUGUGUGAAUGAAAUGCCUGUGGCAGCCCAAAGAGGGUGUCAAAUAUCCUGGGACUGGAGUUCUCUACAGUUGUGAGCCACCAUGUAAGAGCAGCCAGUGUUCUUAACUGCUGAGCUGUCUCUCCAGCCCCUUUCUUUAAUAAUACUUUUUUGUUAAAAAUUAUUUAAUAAUUUAUUGUUUAGUAACAGUUGUGGUCACUGACCCUUUUUUAAAAAUUCUUUUUUAAUUGUAUGUUGAUUGGACUUAAAUUUCUUCUGACUUGAUAAUAUGUAUUGUUGGAUAAAAAUAUUAUUUUCAUUUUAA